AUGGCGGUCGUUGUUGAUCCUUGUGAAAUACUCAACGUUUGUGCGAACGAAACUAACAACAAAACCUACGAGAAUUUGUUAAAGUAUAAAGAAUACUUCCAAGUGCAACCUGACAAGAAAAUUAAAUGGCUAGGAAAUUUUGACGAACUGAAAUGUUUGAUAUUUGAUUUGUUUGGUGCCGAUGGGAAAUGGAGUUCGCCGAGAGGCUCAGCAAAGGCAUUUCGAAACGAUAAAAUAACUAUUACAUAUUACACCAACAAGAAAUCUUUGUUAUUUCAAGGCCAAGAAGGUAACCGUUUGAAAGAGGUUAUAUUAAAUCAAUCAA